GGGUUUAGAAACUCUGUGCUAUACAUUUUCCACGAUCUGUUGCCACUUGAUUGUGCACUUUCUUUGACACAAACUCAGACACCUGUACUAUUUCUUAUUACUUGUGUGUCGGUGACCUAAGAAAGUAGCAAUAGCAUGUGUACCUCUACACUCUACUGACAGUCAAACUGACACUAUCAAACUGCUGACAGACUAGGUGGAGUAGACUAGACUGUAGAGAGGGGUAAUUGAUCAGACAGCCUAAGCUAGUUUGGUUGUUGGCUGUGUGAACUGCAGUGUUAUUUUAUUAGGCUAUUGUAGACUACACGUUUUAUCUUACAAUGUUUGGAAUGCAGUAGAUUGAUAGAAGAACAGUUUAAUGUUUAAUACUAGCUUUAACUCUACCAAACUCAUAUCUGAAGUUCAUGUUUCAUGCGAUGUCCAGGUCUCUCUCCCCCUCCUGUGCAGGAUCAACACAGAGAGGAAAGACAGUCUGGGCCCUAUGAAGAUCCCUCCGCUGGCUGACCCCACCCAGGCCAUCUCCAGGGACUACGGAGUGCUGAAGGAGGAUGAGGGCAUAGCCUACAGAGGUCUGUUUGUGAUUGAUGACAAGGGCAUCCCGAGACAGAUCCCCAUCAACGACCUGCCAGUGGGGUGCUCUGUGGAUGAGACACUGCACCUGGUGCAGGCCUUCCAGCACACUGACAAGUUUGGAGAGGUGUGCCCAGCAGGAUGGAGACCAGGGAGAGACACCAUCGUCCCAAACGUCCAGAAGAGCAAGGAGUUUUUCUCCAAACAGAACUGAUCCAUCCACACCUCCUUAGAGGUGCUACGUCUAUACAGGGUACUAACUGAGCACUUACUGUUGUUAGCUGGAUCGCUGACUGACUGAGUCUGCUGAUCGCAUUGAUUCUGUGUAAACUACACUGUCAGUGGGGAUGUGUUUUGUGAGACUUCUUGAAAAUGAUAUAUUAUUUGUGUAUUAGGCUUGAUGUUGGUUCCAUCAUUGGGCUUAUUUUACUGCUGUUGUCUAGUGAUUUUUAAUUUUUAAAUGAUCUAAUUUUUACUUAACACUUAUUUUUUUAAUUAAAACUGCAUUGUUGGUUAAGGGCUUGUAAUUAAGCAUUUCACUGUAAUGUCGUAUUCUGUGCAAGUGACAACUAACAUUUGAUUUGAUUACAAUUCUAACAGUGCUAUGUGAGUCUUUUGUUGAUGAACUUGAAUGUUAAUAAAAAAAAACAGAAUUUAUAGCU